AUGCUACCCCAACCAGACCCCCAAACCCUAUCUUCAAACCCACACUUCGCAGCCCUCUGGAAAGAUCUCACGACCACAAAAAUACAAAGAAACGGUGUUUCAAAACCGGUAGCUCUGGAUGCAGGAACAGUGAAAACCAGAGAAUUGCUGAAGCAGAAACGGGUGGAAAUUGCGGAGAGGGAAGUGCUCGAGGAUGCGGUCAGGCAUGUUGCAUUUGGGGAGGAAGGGUUGAGUGGGGAGUUGAGAGAAACUGCUCAAAUCGUAUCUGCGCAAUUGGAUGGGAAAUUGGAUCCCCAAGACAAAGACGUUGUUGCUGUGGAAGUGAAGGAGUUCAUGAAGAAUAUCGAUACCAUCAGGACGGCGGUGGAGAGUCAUAUGGAGCGAAAUGUGGUGUUGCUUUGUCAGAUAUUAGAUCCAACGCAGCAGCAGGCGGACCCGUCGACACUUCCAGCUCAAAUUCAAGCUCUUCAGACAGAUGUCGAUGAGGCGAAGUGGCAGCUCGGUGCCAAACGGAUUGAGUUGGCAGGAACAUUGACGCAACUUCUUAAGACAAAUGCUCAGCUGAUACAAACGGCCAUCCGGAUACUGGAGCAAGUGGUACACGGAAGCGUAGGACGACACACCCGAGAAGACGGUAGCCGGACAAGUCUAUGA